GCGCAACGUUCUUAGUCUUGGUAAACGCUGACCGACAUGAAACACCACCAUCGCCCCGAGUCUGUUGAAGAUGAGGUCGAUCAUCGGGCCCCAUGCCACAGGCCACAGACCGCAGUGGCCACGCAGCUAACCACCGCCCUCUGCGCCUCUGCUUUCACGCAGAGAUGGGGCUAAUUUGGCGGGGCCCCGGCACAGCUUGACAUGGAUGAAGUCUGUUCUAUGUCUCUCUGCCGCGCGCUCGUGCGACUGACUCUGGGCAGCCAGUCUGUCUCAUUGCACUGCCAACACCAUAGCUUCCCGGCAGGGGAACGACCGGUUUUCUAGCUCACCCGCCCAAAUCACUGUAUCACAAGCAUUUCUGUGCCCUGGACCGUUGAGUCCCCCCCCAUAUCCAUACGUAGUACCCAAGGUCUUGCCCUGUUCCGCCUGGCACACUUGUGAGCCCGAAUUUCCCGGGUGUUCGUGGGACGGGUAGAACAUCUCACCUCUUUCUUUGACCACCAUACCGUCAUUCUCACAUGCUUUCCUUUCCCACCCUUUCCAGAAACACCCUCCUUACUUCCUGUCAUCUCCAGCUGCACGCUAUCCUUCUUCAUUUACUUUUGUUGCAUCCUCUUGCAUACCUUAUCGCCGGCCAGGGAGGACAAUACGCGGACACGAGACCUAGGCUGUCAUUCGCCCAGACGACUUAUGCCUGACGGAAAUAAUUCUCAAUACAAAUGACACAGAUAAGCCAAGCUUAUCUCAUCCUGGUUUCGAUCAUCAUCCAGGAACCCCUAGCCCUGGCCCAGCAUAUCGCGCACUCGGGCACUUCAGGUCCUCCUUUCUGCUGUGGCACAAUUUCCUCGCGGACUCCCUCUCAUUUCCAACGAAAAGCUGGUGGCGCGGAGCUGUCCCCGGUGAUAAGAUCAGACGGGUGGCUUGUUCCUGCAGGCCUGCAACUCACGCCCGCGGCACUUGUGCGUCCCCAAUAGCUACAAGAUAUCGCAGUCAACGGGCAACCAUAUAGCACGGGCACAGUGUAGUCGCGCCUGCAUCUUGUACACCCGUGGUACGGGACGUGCAUAUCGUCAACGCGAUAAGCUCUUGGGUACCUGACCGUCCCUUGAAUUAUAUUUAUCCCCCGCGGCUCUUGGACUCAGGUGUCCAUCCCGUCCCAUCCCCCCGGACGUCCUUAUCUACGGGCUCCCCUUAUCAGGCAUCGUCAACAGGGCUUUUGCCACCGCGGUACCCCGUCGCGCUGCUCUUUUGGCUUGGGGACAAGCCACUACUCUUUGGCUGUCAUUUCUCGCUGACAGCAUCGUGCUCGCCUGGGUUGCCUUAGCUGGACUGGCCUGGCGAAUUACAUCACACCAUCUGCAACCGAAGCAAUCAUCCCCCCCAAAGACGCCUAUCUGAGAGAUAUCACCGUCACUGUGCGACGCGGGGACCCCCAAUAUUUUUGGUCUUGCGGCCAGCAAGCCCCGUAAGACGGUACGCAUAUACUCUGGCAGUGAUAACCGGACCAUUUCGAGGCCCGUGUUGCGUGGACCACCCUGGGCAAAGGUGAUCGCUCACACCUGCUGCCGGGAAUUAGUCGAAUGAACGGUGUUGUGGCUGCCGGCCUUGUUCCUCUCUUUCUCUCUCGACCUUCAAUAUGUCGAUGCCAAACGCUGUUUACAGGACGGCUCCUAUAGCCAUUGCCCCUAAGCCCACACGGUUCUCGACGACCGGCCGUCCUGGAAAUAUACACACAGAUACAUAUUCCGGAAGCUACAACCACAGCGGCUUCGACACCCCGGACUCUGUUGGUUCCCCCUCGACAGGAAUUCCUGCCUGGCCCUGCGAGGCCUGCCAGUUACGCCGGAUUAAGUGCGUGAUGAGCGACGACGACGACGCCUGUAUUUCCUGCCGGACUCGGGCCACAGAGUGCUCGUUGGUUGGUAGCCCACCUCCUCGGAAACGCAAAUUGCAUGGCGAUCAUAGUGAGAGCAGGAGCAAAAGAGGCUCACCUGGAAGGUAUGAUAACAGGAGUGGACGUCAGCAACACUCCAGCUUGUCCAGCACCGCUGCCAGUAAUUCCUUCAUCGAGGAGAUGGCCAACUUCGGGGGGCCGACUCUUCUUAAGCGUAGCCUUGGGCUGCAAGAAGACCGGUACAGCCAGUAUGUCGGACCGACGACGGACUUUGAGCCGUCCCUGAUCAACCUCUCCACCUUUGAUCCCCACGAUGAAAGCCUCUUGUCACGAGGGACGCUCCGGAAAGUCAGUGACGAUGACACCUUCUUGCUUCUCCCGGAUAAGAACACGCCGGGGUAUGAGCACAUCUUCGAUGACAUCGACGAGAUUGAGAGCAUUGUCGCGCCGCAUGGGAAGAAGCUUGUGGACCUUUACUUCCGCAUCAUCCACCCGGCCUACCCGAUCAUCCAGAAGAAUGUGUUCUAUGAGAAGUAUGAGCGCUCACCUAGGGAAUUCUCGCCGCCUCUUCUCGCCGCCAUGUACAUCCUAGCCAUCAAUUGGUGGGACCAGGACGACGACCUCUCACCCCUCCCUCGGCCCAACGUCAGGCGCCUAGAGAGGCUGGUCCGCACAACGCUCGCCGAUGCAAUGUACCGACCGAAGCUGUCAACUGUCCAAGCUGGACUGCUGCUUUCGCAAAGACCAGAGGGUGACCAGUGGGCGCCGACGGCACAAUUAAUCGCUAUCGCACAGGAACUUGGUUUGCAUCUCGACUGCUCGCAUUGGAAGAUACCUCUAUGGGAACGGGGGCUGAGGAAACGACUUGCUUGGGGCCUGUAUAUGCAAGACAAAUGGGGUGCACUGGUGCACGGGCGGCCUUCGCACAUAUUGGCGUCGCAGUGGGCCGUCCAGCUCCUGGGGCCGAACGACUUCCCCGAUGCGGAGUGGGAAGAGGACGAUGCAGACGGAAAGGAUGACAUCGACAAGGGUCGUACGCUUUUCUCGCAAAUGGUCCAGCUAACACAGAUCAUGAGCGAAAUACUCGAAACAUUCUAUACUCUGCAGGCCAUGCAGAACGUCAACAACGCCGGGUCGCAGGGGACUCAUCUCGUGCUCUCGCUGGCCAAACCGAUUCAACUGAAGCUGAAGGACUGGUACGCGGCGCUCCCUGCGGCGAUCCGAAUGGAUUCGACGUACCAGACACCCGUGGCCAGCGCGAACUCCAACCGCCUGUCGAGCAUUGGAUACCUGCACCUGGCCUACUUCGCCACCGAGAUCACCCUCCAUCGCCGCAUCGUCAGGUCCCUGGCGCAGACACAUCCGGCCCCGUCUUCGAGCGACUCGGGCGCCCCUUCCACCACAACACCGUCAGCUAGCGACAAUUAUAUUCUUCACAUCUGUCGCAACGCUGCCAAGGCGCGGCUCAUCUCGGCCAUGGACUUUGUCAACCGGCUAACGCCCUCGCACCUACGCGCAUUCUGGUACUUCGCUUCCAAAACCAACUUCGCGCUCAUCGGAACCUUCGGCUCGCUAUUGUGGGCGACCAGCCCUGGCCGCGAAGAGGCCGAGUGGUACCGCCGCCGCCUGGGCGAGUACCGCUGGACGCUUUCGGUUUCAUCGAAACCCGGUGAGGGCCGCGGCUUGACCGAGUUUGCGAUGGGCAUGCUCGACAUCUCCACGGGCCUGCUCAAGAAGCUGCCCGAGAAGCCCGCCACCAUGAGUCGCUCCGGAAGCCUGACGGGCCUGGCUAGCGCGGCCGGGCCCAGGCGCUCAAGUCUCCUUGCGUUGGGCGGAGGCGGAGGUGCCGGCACCGGCAUGGGAGGCCUUGCAUCCGGCAGCUACGUCGUCUCUGGAGCCGGGGGCGGCGCGGGCGGCGGAGACGGUGGUCUCAUGGACCUAGACACGAGCGGCGGUAGCGGCGUGCCCAGCGGGAUGCACUCGCCACGCAGUCAGGGUGACGACGCCGACGGCAGCGACGACAGCGGAAGUUCUGACGAGGCGAUGGGUUACGGCGGGGGUUUCGCGCCCACGGCGGGUAUGGCGAGCAUGGCGGACUGAAUGGAUCGAACAGGUCGCAUUCAGACCUGCGUCGCAAUUUCGUUGGGUACAUGGUUCUUUUCACGAACAGCACUGGUUCAACAACCGAGACUUCUGAGAGAUCAAGCUCGAAUUACUGGGAGGGUGGUCGAAAGCGGCCAUUUCAACAGUGCGGUCGUUAAUCAACCCCCCCCCCCCUGUGGGUGCAGGGGCGGCAGUUGAGCCGCAUUUCAACCACGCUCACGACAUAUGGCGUGCUCAAAGCGCGUGCUUAUUACCAACAACUCACCACCCACCCACCGUGUGUGGACGGUAUGAAUGGGCGGCUACGAACGCCUGCCAAAAGCAUAGAGCUGUGACACACAUGAGACCUCGGCGGCGCGAAGGAAGAUCAUUCGCGCAAAAAAGAAUGAAGCAAUGCCGAGGGCUGAUGGCGUCGUCUGUCCGCUCCGCGCCCACAUCAAACCACGACAACCACACUCAUCCUACCAAUGUAGAUACUGUAGGUAUCACUGUGGUGCGUGGGGGUUUGAAGUGGGUGUUUAUGUAUUUUUCUUUUCAGGAUUAUCAUUACGCUGUAGAUGAUUGAUGGGUCGGACGAAAAACAAGCGAGGCAUCUUCGAGGGAAUCAGUUGGGCAUUUCUCUUUUCUCACUUCUCCUUCCUCCUACUUUCCAUCUUGUCCAUUGUCACGUCUCGAUCUUGCAUAAGUAGCAGCUUCCGUCUAAAAUACCCUCCUGUUAUAUAGACAUGUCUGCAAUGCCAUCAACAUC